GAGCCGCGUUAAGGUGGGUUGAACACAGCUCUGAGAAAGAAGUUUAAAGAGCACUCUUACUAAACCGAAACGACAUUUAAACGCUAUUUAUAUUGUUUGAGAAUGUGUCGCUAGUACAAUUAAACAGGUCUGGCUUUAAACCCGAAACAUAACUGUUAAGAAUAAGCCGUAGACACAAUGUUACAGGCGUGAGUUGACAGAUUUAGCCCCACGAGUGGUUAUCAACAGGUGUCAGUUGAAUGUUCCCGUCCGAUUGUUUGCUUUAUGUGAAUAUAUUAGUUGAGCGUAAGAUAAAACUGCUUCGCCUAUGUUGUAAGUCAGUCUGUCUACGAGACUGUAGGUCAUAAAUGAACGGAUUUUGAUGGGUGAUCUGUAGAUCUGAACACAAGGGUCACAGACUGCUACUAACGUUAACGUAUAACAACCAAGGGUUGUUAUGGCAUCUCCGGGGUAUUUCGGUGACGGUCCGCCGAUGCGUGAGCGUGACCCGUAUUUCACUGAGGUCAUCAGCAAAAAGAUGCGCGUGCCCGAGCGCCUGAGGGUCGGCCCAACUGCCCAAACAGCAGAACCUGAUCAUCCCAGACCUGCUGAAGAUCUGCCUGCUGCCUACAGCAUGCACAUCCCCGACAGACUGUCACUGACAGAUGCUCCUGAUCUGAGUCCACGUCCUCUGUUCUCCAAACACACUUCAUCAAUGUGGGAUGUGCACCAAGGGUCCUGGGACAGGGAAGCAUUCAGGGAGCCUGUGCAGAGUCCACUGCGAAGGUCUUAUAGUGACCAGGGCUUUGGGCGAACUCCCCCAGGAACCCCCACGCACUCCAGACAGACAGCCUACUCUCAGACUCCCCGCGUUGGACGUCCACCUGUCACGCUCUCAGCCCCUUCCCAGACAAAGCCCCUGGGGCCUCCCUCCACCCCACCCAACCUGCUGUCCCCACAGAGCAUCCUGCAGGCUGCCAGAGAGCUAGGCCAGCAGGCGUCCCAGAGACUCCUGCAGACCGUGACCCAAAAAUACUCCUCCAGGUUUGGUUAUCCAGAAAACCAUCCCUCACAGGCUGUAGAGGUUCAACCUGAUCAGAGCAGGCCAAGUGUCCAGCAGGAGGUCUGGCUCAGUCCUGAAGAGGAUGCUGGUACUGCUGUUGAGUUCAUGGUGCUCCGCAGACAGGUGGUGAAGAUGAGCAGGAGGAUCGCAGGUCUGGAGAGGCAGAGCGCUGAGCACAGACAGACGGAGCUGCUGCUCUUCUCUCUGUUAGUGUCUGCCUGUCUCCUUAACGGCUGGCUCUGGCUGCGCAGAUGACCCUCACACUUCUCAACACUACACUCACUUCUGUUCCUGGACAAUCAUGGUAAACAGCUGCUCCUGUAGAGGAUUGUGAUCAGAAGGAAUAUCUUAAAUAUCUGCAUUGACUCGUGAUAUAUAACGCUCACUUGUGUCUACAAGUGAAGGAACUCCAGCAUGUUUUCAGAUGGUGUUAUUUGAUAAAACUAGAUUUUGCAUUUGAUUGAUUAUCCUGAAAUUUUCUGCAUGCGUUAAUGAGCCUCAGGUUUUUGUACACAAUAUGACAAGCCAUUUUAAUAUUUAUUGUAUAAAAAGCCUAGAAUUAACUUUAUAAUUAAAUGCUAGUACUUAUCAGUUGGCUAUUAGUACCCUUUUUAAAACACACUAGUACUCAAUUUAACAUUGAGGAACUAUUCUGAGUCAAGAGACAUCUACAGUAUGGGGUCUCCCAAUCAAAUAUUGACCACUCAGCUUGACUUUGUAGUACACUCUAUUUUAAAAAGCGAUUAGUUGACUACUAAAGUGUGUAAACCCGUUAACUUGAAAUUAGUAAGGAAAUGAACUGUGCAUAAUUAUAAAAAUGAUAGUCAACUUUACAGUUCCAAGUUACAACAGGUUUAUGCACUUUUUUUUGUAGUCAACUUGUCAUUUUAAAGCAACUGGUAUACUCACUUUUGCUAGAUUUUAUUUUUAUUUUUUUUAGAUAGAAGAACCUUAAUAUUGCGUACAAGUGCUUAUUUAUUAGAUCAUCGUUCAUAUUCAAAUAGAUACUAGUUUAAACUACACUUUGCUGUUUAUUGCUUAUAGUUAGUAGUAAUAAUAAUAAUAAAUAGUAUUGAUUUAUUAAUUGUUUAUAGUAGGGUUAAAUUAAAAGUCUGCUACUCUCAUUGGCUUUUCUGAGUAGCCAUUAUAAGAUCUAAUGAAUAUGUACCAGUACAGGGUAAUUAAACUAUGUUAUAUAGGUACAAGAAUCUAUUAAAUAGUGCUAGUAUCUAAUGUUAGCAACUAGUUUCUAAAGUAUUAGGUCCUAAUGAAUACUACUUGUUCUUAAAAUAUGUACUAGAUAGAAAUGAAAUAAACACUGGUCAAAACUAAAUGGUUGAUAUGUCAAUCAAUGACUGAUCGCUGUAGAAAUCAAUAGAAACAAAUGUAAAUGUCUUAGUAUAAAUUUAGUUGCCAUUUCUGAAAUAAGUAUGGAUAUCUGUUGAAAAAGUAUAUUUAAUAAGUACUAACAUCCAGUUAACAAGUGCUAGUGUCUAUUUAACUGGUGCUAGUAUUUAAUAGGUAAGAGUAUCUAAUGAUUUAGUACUACUAUGAAAUAAGUACCAUAGUGAAUAACUACUAGUAUAUUAAAAACUAUAUGUACUUACCACAAUGAAGAUAUACUAGUCAAAACUGAAUAUAUCUGAUUAGUUCCUCAUGGAUGGGAGUAGCAAAAAAUAUAAACAGAAUAGUUAAUAGUUACUAUUAAAAUAAGUACUUGUAUCUAAUAAGUACUAGUAUUUAAUCAGUUAUCCAUUAAAUAAGUACUAGCAUCUAUUUUGUAAGUUCUAGAAAGUAAGAAAUUGUGUCUAAUGAAUGAGUAGGAUUAAGAAAAAGCUACCAAUACCUAAAGAAUAGGCAGUUAUAAAGUAUUACUUUAGUCAACAUUAAAAAUAGAUCAAAAUCUUUCAUCAGAGUUGUUCUGAAACUGUUGACCAACACCCAUUCCCAUCUCGGGACAAUUUGAAAAACUUUAUGAUCCAUUUCAAAUGUUAACUAGUACUGUAAUCCACGUUUUAAACUGUAUUUGAUGGUGUCAUUGUCACUGUGUAACUAUUCAUUUCCUAUCAAUUUAGUACAUGUAGCUACUGUAUAGUUAGAGAUUUGAUUAGGGUUAUUAGCAUGUAAUUCUACAGAAUUUAUUGCAAUAGUAAGUACAUGGAACAAGUACACCAAAAGAAAGUGUUACCAAAAAUAACUCGUAUAUCAAGGUUGCAGUACUGCAGUGUUUAACCUAUUUCUGUACACCUGUCUGGAAGUUUUUAAUGUGCCUACAAGUUUGUUCACGAGCGGGUUCAAGUGUGUUUAAUUCAGGUAGUAGCUAAAAUAUGCAGAACAGUGGCUGUGCAGGAGCAAGAUUGGAUCUAAAAAAAAAAACAAUAUUUGUUUUAUAGAAUAAAUGUUUAAUGGCUUGACAUACUAUUUAUGAAAGCAUGUAUGAAAAUGUAUAUAUAUAUAUUUUUUCAGCAUUUGAAUAGCCUUCAUCCAUUAAUCAUUUUUGAGCCUGAUGAAUGUAUAUUUAUAAUAAAAACUAUAUUCAUUCUUAAA